AUGCAGCCCUCAGACCAGGAUCUAGUCCUCCAGAGAUUCCACCGUGAUCUGAUCUCUGGAAGUCAUAUACUUCACUAUCACAACGUUUUGGACGCUUUUGGUCAUCUCUCAGUGAGGCAUCCACUGAACCCACAGAUCUUCAUAUUGUCUCGAAACACUGCUCCUGGAACGAUAUCGUCACCCAACGAUCUGAUCGAAUACUAUAUCGAAGAUGCUCGUCCAGUUGAUCCAAGUGCGCCUACAGGGUUUAUAGAGCGCUGUAUUCAUAGUGAAUGCUACAAACGCUAUCCUGAGGUGCAAAGUGUUAUUCAUAGUCACUCGGAAGCUGUCGUACCUUAUAGCAUCAGCGGUGUGCCACUUCGCGCAUGCUUCCAUAUGGCAGGAUUUCUCGGCACAAAUGUACCCAUUUGGGACAUUGCAGACGCACAGCAGCCUGAGGACAUAAGUGAUCUGUUGGUCCGGAAUCAGCAUCUGGGGAGCUCCCUUGCCGCGUCAUUCUCCGGCAUAGCUUCUGGUAGUAUUUCGCCAGAGCACGUGGUCGCCUUGAUGAGAGGCCACGGCUUCACGGUUUUGGCUGGCAGCAUUCAAGAUUGUGUUAUGCGAGCAAUCUAUACUCAAAAGAAUGCGGCUAUUCAAUCUACUGCAUUGUCUACUCGUAGUACGGGCACGACGGUUACAGGUCCGGUCAAAUACCUCAGCCAGAAAGAAGUUGAUGCAACUACGUGGUCCAUCGCAAAGUCUGCUCAUCGCCCUUGGACUCUUUGGCUACGAGAGAUAGAAGCUUCCGGGCUGUACGCAAACUCGGCUUGA